AAAGUAAUAUUACCUUUUACCGCCCAACUGAAAUCGAUUUCAAAGAGCAUGACGUCAGAACGUUCUCUUUGGUCUUUCAUCUCAACUCCGCAUAUAAGCGGUUAACGCCGCGGAUGAGAAAACUUUCAGAUGCAGCACUGGAACGCACACGACUCCGCUAAAGACAGUCCACUCAUCUGGACAAGAGAGUUUUCAGCCAUGGAGCACCUUGCAUCAUCUCAUAUAGUUGCAAAUAUUGAAAAACUGGGAGAAAUUCUUGAUCACCUGUUGGAGCAGUAUUUGGCGUUGAAACGGCAUGCAAAACAGGUCAUGGAAAGGAUGCCUGAAGUCCCUACACCCCGGCUGCAACGGGCCCCAGUCCCUACACCCCGGCUGCGACGGGCCCCAGUCGCUGCCCCUCGGCUGUGUCAGUUCCCCGUCCCUGCACCUUUGUGGAACAAGGCUCCUGUCCCUACUCCCCAACUGCAAAAGGAUCCAUUCCCGAUGCCCCACCUGUCUGAGGCCCCAGUUCCUCUGCCCCGCCUGCGUCAGGCCCCAGUUCCUCUGACCCGCCUGCGUCAGGCCCCAGUUCCUCUGCCCCGCCUGCGUCAGGCCCCAGUUCCUCUGCCCCGCCUGCGUCAGGCCCCAGUUCCUCUGCCCCGCCUGCGUCAGGGCCCAGUAAUUCUGCCCCGCCUGCGUCAGGCCCCAGUUCCUCUGCCCCGGCUGCGUCAGGCCCUAGUUUCUGUGUCCUGGCUGCAGCAGGCCCCUGUACCUGCGCCACGGGUGCGUCAGGCCCCCGUUCCUCUGCCCAGGCUCCGUCAGGCCCCCGUUCCUCUGCCCCGGCUGCGUCAGGCCCCCGUUCCUCUGCCCAGGCUGCGUCAGGCCCUAGUUCCUCUGCCCAGGCUGCGUCAGGCCCCAGUUCCUCUGCCCCGGCUGCGUCAGGCCCUAGUUUCUGUGUCCUGGCUGCAGCAGGCCCCUGUACCUGCGCCACGGGUGCGUCAGGCCCCCGUUCCUCUGCCCAGGCUGCGUCAGGCCCCCGUUCCUCUGCCCCGGCUGCGUCAGGCCCCCGUUCCUCUGCCCAGGCUGCGUCAGGCCCCAGUUCCUCUGCCCAGGCUGCGUCAGGCCCCAGUUCCUCUGCCCAGGCUGUGCCAGACCCCAGUUCCUGCACCACGGCUGCAGCAGGCCCCUGUACCCGCGCCGCGGCUGCGCCAGGCCCCAGUUCCUCUGCCUAGGCUGCGCCAGGCCCCAGUUCCUCUGCCCAGGCUGUGCCAGGCCCCAGUUCCCCUGCCCAGGCUGCGCCAGGCCCCAGUUCCCCUGCCCAGGCUGCGUCAGGCCCCAGUUCCCCUGCCCAGGCUGCGCCAGGCCCCAGUUCCCCUGCCCAGGCUGCGCCAGGCCCCAGUUCCCCUGCCCAGGCUGCGCCAGGCCCCAGUUCCUCUGCCCAGGCUGCACCAGGCCCCAGUUCCUCUGCCCAGGCUGCGCCAGGCCCCAGUUCCUCUGCCCAGGCUGCGCCAGGCCCCAGUUCCUCUGCUCAGGCUGCGUCAGGCCCCAGUUCCUCUGCUAAGGCUGCGUCAGGCCCCAGUUCCUCUGCCCAGGCUGUGCCAGACCCCAGUUCCUGCACCACGGCUGCAGCAGGCCCCUGUACCCGCGCCGCGGCUGCGCCAGGCCCCAGUUCCUCUGCCCAGGCUGCGCCAGGCCCCAGUUCCUCUGCCCAGGCUGCGCCAGGCCCCAGUUCCUCUGCCCAGGCUGCGCCAGGCCCCAGUUUCUCUGCCCAGGCUGCGCCAGGCCCCAGUUCCCCUGCCCAGGCUGCGCCAGGCCCCAGUUCCUUUGCCCAGGCUGCGCCAGGCCCCAGUUCCUCUGCCCAGGCUGCGCCAGGCCCCAGUUCCUCUGCCCAGGCUGCGCCAGGCCCCAGUUCCUCUGCUCAGGCUGCGUCAGGCCCCAGUUCCUCUGCCCAGGCUGCGUCAGGCCCCGGUUCCUCUGCCCAGACUGUGUCAGGCCCCGGCCCCACUGCUGUGUCAUGCCCUGGUUCCUGUGUCUUGGCUGCAACAGGCCCUUGUCUCUGCUCCCCGACUGCCUGAGGCCCCUGUCGUUGUGCCCUGGCUGCGACAGGCCCCCGUACCUGCGUCCCGACUGCGGCAAGCCUCUUUUACUGUGCCACAGCAGGCCUCAGUCCCUGAACCCCAGGUGUGGCAGCCCUCCGUCCAAGCGCCCAAGCUAAUGCAGGCCCCCAUCUCUGUGCCCCAACUGCCCAUGGCCCCUGUUCCUGUACCCCGGCUUCCCAGGGUCCCUAUCUCUGCACCCACUGCAAUGGGCCCUUAG